UGAAGGACUAAUCUUGAAGACGCGUGAGGGUUAAUUUGAAGCCCCCACUAUACCACCACCCACAUCUUCAAUUUGAAAGCCGCCUCUCUACCGGGAGAGGAAGGCUCUUUUUCGGUCAGAUGGCGUGCUGCAGUCCGCCCCCGUCAUUCUCCAGCCCACACAGACAGCAAAAAAGGCAGCCAGCAACCAAUACGGUGCGCCGGAGGAGGAUUUCUGCCAGUGAUAUCAGUCGCGGAGCGAUACGCAAAGGGGAUUUACUACGACAAAUCUGCGCCGUGGAGGCUCUCGGCGAGAGUUUCGCUCCGGGACGUGACAUUGGAGAGACUAUUCCCCAGUUUGAGCAGAACAGAUCCUCACAAGGAACCUGAAAAGUGCUGUGUGUCAUGUCUCUGCCACGCACCCUUGGGGAGUUGCAACUCUAUCGGGUGCUGCAGAGGGCCAAUCUGUUGGCCUACUAUGAAACAUUCAUCCAGCAAGGCGGUGAUGACGUGCAACAGCUCUGCGAGGCUGCCGAGGAGGAGUUCCUGGAAAUCAUGGCCCUGGUUGGCAUGGCCACCAAGCCGCUGCAUGUGCGUAGGCUGCAGAAGGCUCUCCGAGACUGGGCGGCGAACCCUGCCCUUUUCAGCCAGCCUGUGGCUAAUGUCCCUCUUGGGGGGAUACCACUGUUCAAAGUUGAAGGGACUGGCUCGAGUGGAUCAGCAGGUGGGCCCAGAAAGGGUUUGAGCAACGGGCAGCCUGGUUCUCCCUGUGAGAGAGAGGAUAGGGCAUGUCUCACCCCAAUGUACAGUGGGAGUCCAAGAAGUCCCUGUUCCCAGGCCUCUCCACAGCCACCGGACACACACUACAGGGAAAAACUUUCUCCCAUGGACCCACACUGGCUCAGCCCAGACCCUGAUGGGAAUGGUGCUCUUGCCUCUGCAUCUGGAGCAGAGGAGGAGCCGCACAGCCCACCUCUUGUGUCAACAGGUCCUCCGGGUCCCUCCACAUCUCCAGUUCCCUCUGCGUCCUUCGUCCCAGCACCCCUGUCAGCCUGGCCAGGAGGGCAGCUUGAUGAGGAGACAACCAGAGCCGUGGUGGAGAGCGUGGAAAGACUCCACAGAACCCUGCCCAGGUCAGACCCUGCAGAGGUAAAGACUCUGCUGAGGAUGAACAAGAAAAUUGCAAAAACUGUGGGUCACAUCUUCAGAAUGGGCUCUCAGGAUGCAAACAAGGAGGAGGAGAUCCGGAAAUACAGUCUCAUUUAUGGUCGCUUUGACUCCAAGAGGAGAGAAGGCAAGCAGCUCACACAUCAUGAGUUGAUCAUCAAUGAGGCUGCUGCCCAGUUCUGCAUGAGAGACAACGCUCUCCUGCUCAGACGGGUGGAGCUCUUUUCUUUGGCUCGACAGGUGGCGAGGAAAUGUGCCUACACUUCCACACUGAAACACGCAAGGUCAAAUGCAGAUGAGAACUGCGGUUUGUCUCAGAAGAGAGCGAGACACGAGGUCAUUGUGUCUGAGUCAUCACUCCUUGGAGUGGAGGGAUCUGAAGGAGCAACUCAGAGAAUGGAUGAAGACAGCUUGUCUACAGAGAGCCUUGACUGUGUGUCGCAUGACUCCAGCUACCAGUGCAACCAGUCCUCUUCCCCACGUCCCCACACUGACGCCUCAAACCCUGCCAGCUGGAGCCGCCAUCUAAUACAGCAGACACUAAUGGACGAAGGCCUGCGUUUGGCUCGGAUGGUGUCACACGAUCGGGCUGGAAAACUCACCCUGGGGCCGGAGGGAACUCACUCUGCAGACCAUGACAUUAAGGUGGAGCGGCCAGUCUUGUUAACAGCAUGCAGGAGCAGUAGCCCUUGUGUCACCAAAGAGCCAACCAUCACCUCCAACCACAGAGGAAAGUGAAACCUGCUGUACAUCAGGGGAACUCUGCUCAGAGAGAGGGCUUAAAAUCAAACUGUAAAUCUGAGACUGAAUAAAAAUGCCCAUCAUGACUUGUAUACAAAUCAGCUGUAAAUGAUCCAAUUGUUUUGUUUUUAUAUCUGUUAGAAGGAAACCAGUUCUUGUUUUAGUGUCAUGUAGAGUUUAGCUGUAUUCUGUCAGGGAAAAUGUUUAUGUCACUGUGAGGGUCGCUGUGUGCUGGAGAAUCCACCUGCCACAGAUGAAACAAAGUUCACACAGCAGGUGGCACUGCAACUUUGGAAAAUUGACUUGUAAAGUUCCCCCACACUGAGCAACACUGCAGAGGAAAUGUGCGUUUAGCAAAGACCCAUCUUUUUGCAAGUUACAGCAUAAUGCUCAGGAGCUCCACACCUCAGAACACAACUGAUGCUGUGGACAGAGGUCAGCAUUGUACAAGUCAAACUAACUCAGAAGAGACUGAUACAUAUAGUUCCUUGCAAAAAUAUUUGUACUUCUGGAAAUGUUUGCGUUUUGAUACAUUAUAAUGGCAAGCUUCAAUUUGUUUUAUUAGGAUUUGUCAUGCACUACAUUGUGCUGGUCUAUCUCAUAAAAUGCACUGAAGUUUAUGGUUGUAACGCAUCAGUUAGGGGGAUGGAUACUUUAGCAAGGCACUGCAUGUUGAGGUGAAAAAGUGUUUCUUUUUUAGUAGGCUUUGCCACAAGCCUCAGUGUUCUUGGUUUGGCACUCUGACCUUUGUCCCGUUCAGAGUUUAAUGUUGCCCACUAAAGGUAAUAGUGUCCAGUUGUUGACAGCACUGCAUUUCAAACUAUAUUGAAAGAUUAUUCAUAAUAAAAGCUGUUUGAUGCAACACUUGUUAAUAAACAGUGAUAUUACAGUCAAUUUUCCUAAGUUGCAAUUAAAACCUACAAUAUACUGGCGUGUUUUUGAGAAAUUUCAGCCAUCUUAGAUGAAUAAAUCAAUCCUUGUGUGAGUUUUCUUUGUCUUUUAAAACAGGUUAUGAUUGUUUUGGGGUGACUGUUUUGUUCAAUUUAUAUUUAAGAAAACUCAGAGGUUGAAAGGAAUGGUCCUCUCUCUUGGUGCAGCAGCUUCUUCAAACUUCAUCACCCUAUUUGUCCUCAGCAGCAGAGUUUACAUGUUCAGUUAACUGAUGUUGAUGGUCAAAAAUGUAAAAAACUUUGUAGACUAAUUACAGAAUUAUCAGUGAGGUAGCGUGCUGUGCAUAGGUUACACCUACCUGUCUCUUGAGCAUUCGUAUCCUCCUCAGUGUAUGUUGCAAGACAGAUAAUUUAUUUUGUUAUAUCCUAAUAAAUGUUACUUUAAUGAUUUCAA